AUCAUUGGAUCCUCUCUUCCUCCCCUUUGGAGAAACAACAGAGUGUAGAAUGCUGGAUAUAUGUGAUCUAUGAAACAUGUAGGAGAUUCCGGGACACAGUGUGCUGGUCUGCUAUUAAUGAGGACGUGCACCAGAUAUACAAACUAAUUUUGAAGUUGAAAGGAACCGCUCAAACCAUGUCAGCUGCAAAGACUUUGCCUGCACCCCUCAGUGAUCUGAAGAUUCAAUAUACUAAGAUAUUUAUAAACAAUGAAUGGCACAAUUCAGCCAGUGGCAAAAAAUUUCCUGUCUAUAAUCCUGCAACAGGAGAGAAAAUCUGUGAGGUGGAAGAAGGAGAUAAGGAAGACGUUGACAAAGCUGUUAAAGCAGCAAGGAAAGCAUUUGAGUUUGGAUCCUCCUGGAGGACAGCAGAUGCUUCAGAAAGGGGCAGGCUGUUGAACAAACUGGCGGAUUUAAUUGAAAGAGACUAUCUUCUCUUAGCUACAAUGGAGAGUCUUGACGGCGGAAAGGUUUUUUCAAACGCCUACCUAAUGGACUUGGGUGGUUGUAUCAAUACUUUGCGCUACUUUGCUGGCUGGGCUGAUAAAAUCCAAGGACGUACCAUCCCCAUGGAUGGAAACUAUUUCACAUUUACUAGACAUGAACCUGUUGGAGUUUGCGGUCAAAUCAUUCCUUGGAACUUCCCACUGGUUAUGUUCAUUUGGAAGAUUGCCCCGGCCCUUUGUUGCGGAAACACGGUAGUCGUCAAGCCAGCCGAGCAAACUCCACUGACUGCUCUUCACAUGGGCGCUUUAAUUAAAGAGGCAGGAUUUCCACCAGGAGUGGUGAAUAUUGUGCCAGGAUAUGGUCCUACUGCUGGAGCAGCCAUUUCCAAUCACAUGGAUAUAGAUAAAGUGUCAUUCACAGGCUCAACUGAGGUGGGUCGAAUGAUCAAAGAAGCUGCUGGAAAGAGUAAUCUGAAAAGGGUCACUCUGGAACUUGGGGGGAAAAGCCCCAAUAUCAUUUUUGCAGAUGCUGACUUGGAUAGUGCUGUGGAAUUUGCACACAUUGGUGUGUUCUACCAUCAGGGGCAAUGCUGCAUAGCUGGAUCUAGGAUUUUCGUGGAAGAGAAGAUCUACGACGAAUUUGUGCGUAGGAGUGUGGAAAGAGCCAAGAAAAGCAUCCUAGGGAAUCCUCUGUCUCCCGGAGUAAAUCAAGGUCCUCAGAUUGAUAAGGAGCAGUAUGAUAAAAUACUUGCACUAAUUGAGAGUGGGAAAAAAGAAGGCGCCAAGCUGGAAUGUGGAGGAGGCCCCGGAGGAGACAAAGGCUUUUUCAUUCAGCCGACGGUUUUCUCUGAUGUUACCGAUGACAUGCGCAUUGCCAAAGAGGAGAUAUUUGGGCCUGUCCAGCAAAUCAUGAAAUUCAAAACUAUUGAGGAAGUUAUCAAGAGAGCGAACAAUACUCACUAUGGUCUAGCAGCUGCAGUAUUUACCAAAGACAUUGAUAAAGCACUGACAUUUGCAGCUGCACUUCAGGCUGGAACUGUCUGGGUUAACUGCUAUAGUGCAGUGUCUGCUCAAAGUCCUUUUGGGGGAUUCAAAAUGUCAGGAAAUGGACGUGAGCUGGGUGAAUACGGCCUUCAUGAAUACACAGAAGUCAAGACAGUCACAAUCAGAAUUCCACAGAAGAAUUCAUAAUGGCACUACACAGCCAUGUCAGUUACUAGGCCAAACUAAGCCAGUUGUGUUGUGAAACGCUUUGUAGCAGACUAUAUUCUCUGUUUAAUUUUGAUUUCAUUUUUAGCUACCUUUAACAGUUAUGAACAGUAACUUAGAAAAUUUAAGUUAGAAAAAAAGGAGGGGGAAUCAUAAUGCCUGAAUCAAAUUAACAAUUUAUGAACCUUAUUCAAAUUUUAUUUGCCCAUUUAAAUAGAUUUGUAGUGCUGUGCAAAAUAAAUGGUUAAAAUAUACAUUUACAAAAAUUGCUCACUUGUAUUCUAGAGGUGUUAAUUUCCUGUUCUUUUGUAUGAACUUGGCAAAAGCGCUUAUAUAUAACUAUCAAAUAAACAGUUUGCUUUUGCUAA